AUGAUUGUGGCAACAUAUGAUGGUGCUGGUUUUGGUUCAUUUGGUGAUUCAGCAUUAAGAUUUGAACAACGUUUAGAUGAUUUCUAUAGUCUAACUCAUCCAUUAUUAACAUAUGCAGCAUAUCAAGGAACAUUUGCAAUUAUUACAUCAGCACUUAUAUCAGGAGCAAUUGUUGGAAGAAUGAAAGUAAUUCCUUAUAUGAUAUUUAUAGCAAUUUGGACAACUGUUUGUUAUAAUCCAUUAGCACAUUGGGUUUGGGGAGAUAAUGGUUGGUUAAAACAUUUAGGAACACUAGAUUUUGCUGAUGGAUCAGUUGUACAUAUAUCAUCUGGUGUAUCAGGUUUUGUUGCUUCAUCAAUCUUAGGAAAACGUAUUGAUUAUAAACCUCCUGCAUCCAAUGUUCAUAAUAUUCCAUUUACAGUUCUUGCUACUUGUUUAUGA